AUGUCAAUUUUGUUCACUUAUCAAAUUGGUGCUAUGAUCAUUUGCUUCGUCCAAAAACACCAAUCAAUUGCAGGCGCAUUGAAAAAAUAUGAGAUUCCAAAACCUUUAAUUAUCUUCAUGGCACUCUAUUUCUCCAUUUUUGUUACAAGUGUUCCGUGUGUCUUCAGCACUUUAAAUGUUCCAGAAGACCAGAAAAUCGAUUAUAUUCAAAUAGUAACUCUGGACAUUUUUGAUUUGUUUUAA